AUGGACUCCAUCAAGCCCAUGAUGAACAAGGCAUACAGCCAGCAACGGGGUGUGAAAGUAACGCGAGGACUAAGCACAAUAAGCAAGCACACUUCAAACAGCUCAAGGAUCAAGGCUAAGCUGACGGACCCUCUGUUCCUGAUCCGUCUGCUGAUCACGGUGGCUUGCGUGGCCGGUUUCACGUACCAGGCCACGGACUUCUUCAUCAUGUACUUCAAGUUCCCCACCACCACCAACAUCCGCGUGGAGUCCAUGAAGGACCUCGUCUUUCCCGCGUUCACCGUCUGCCUCAGCAACUGGAUCGACCUGAGAAAGGUGUGCGCCGAUGAGAAUCUGAAAGAGUACUGCGCCGGGAACGUUACUUCGGCCAGCGCCGUCGUCACCGCCAUCAGGGAGCACCGGAACCUGUCAUCGCUGUCACUCGACACGGGUGACGUCAUCAAGAGCUGCAGCAUGAAGCCCACCAGCGGCUGCGACCCGUUCGACUGCCACAACGAUUGGUAUAAGUCGUUCGUGAGGUUCCCGGACAGCUACUGCUAUACGCUGGACUACAGCCGGAUCGCGAACGAGUCGCACCCGCUCAAGCGAUGCCGAUAUCCCUGGGACUACGAAAUGACGUCUGUGAUUGGCUGGGACGUCGUGAACGCCCUAGAGGCGGACCCGUUUGGCGCCGACGCGUCGGUGCACGAACACGACACCAAUUCGGCCGAGCAAGCGCACUCGCUGUUCUUCGAGCCCCAGUCGAGGUACAUCAUUCUGGUUGAACAGCAAACGACGCUAGCAUUGCCCAAACCUUACCAGACAAGGUGCGUCAACUACGAGCUGAUGAAGAGGUCCAACAAGCACUAUGGCAUGAUGACACAGAAUCUCUGCUACGAGCGGUGCCGCAUGAAGCUGUGGAUGAAGAAUUGCGGCUGCAUAUCAAGUCGCUAUGCGUAUCGGGAUCUGGAAGGGGCACCUAUAUGCUCCGAAACAAAAACCAGACAAUGCGCCGAAGUGGACGUGGCGCAAAAAUAUACCAAGAAGUGCCUGAGCAAGUGCCGGCAGCCUUGCAAGGAAAUCACUUACGAAGUUCAAAUCACGGCACAAGGUCAAAAGGAAAGUGCCCAGGAAGAUGAAGAGAAAGAAGCGGACUACGAGGAGUCACCUCCUAAACGUCCUGAAAGCCAGCUGUUCACCAUCAAUCUCCUCUUCGCCAGCGAGAAACACACCAUCCUACAGCACUUGAAAAAGUUCACGUUCAUCGAGGUGUUCGGAUAUCUCGGAGGCUACGUUGGCAUCUGGCUUGGAAUGUCCUUCUUCUCGCUCCUGGACUCGCUCAUUCUCUACGUCCAGGACAGACAGCUCAAGAAACUGGACCAGAACAGAAUACGGCCUAUCGAGUAA